UCUAUGUCAUCAAAGCGUUUUGUUUUUGACAAACGUCCGGGCAAUUCAAGAAAAUGAAGCAAAAACAGAAAUUGCAAAUUCUUCCGCUUUAAUCACGCAUUUAAACGCUUUUAAUCGUAAAGGUGUGACUACGCCGUAACUGACCCAACAGCAGAAGUCUUUGAGGCAAAGCAUGGAAGACUACAAAUACCUAUUUAAAGUAGUGUUGAUUGGAGAAGCAGGAGUCGGCAAAACCUGCCUCGUGCGCAGGUUCACACAGGGCUUAUUUCCCCCUGGUCAGGCAGCCACUAUUGGGGUUGAUUUUAUGAUUAAAACAGUGGAGAUUGAUGGUGAAAAAAUAAAGCUGCAGAUCUGGGACACUGCUGGUCAGGAGAAGUUCCGCUCCAUCACCCAGAGUUACUACCGUGCCGCCCAUGGGCUCAUCCUUGUAUACGAUGUCUGCUCACAGAACACCUUUGAUGCCCUCCCGCAGUGGAUGACCGAUGUUGAGGCAUUCGCCAACCAGAAAGUUCUCUCAUAUCUAGUUGGAAACAAGACUGACCGCAUGGAUGCUCGAGAGGUUCCCACCCACAUAGGACGGCAGUUUGCUGACCGCUAUGAGAUGAACUUCCUGGAAACAUCGGCCAAGGAGGCGGACAACGUUGACAAACUGUUUACGGACAUAGCAGUACGGUUGACCGAUGAGAUGCGUGACCGCAGCAGACUGGCUCCAGAUUCGAACACAACGAACAUUUCCACCAAUACAAAGUCCAUCAGCUCUUGUUCACAAUGCUUUAAGCCAUGAGUUGCACCUUCCAACAGUAGACCUUGCAUAAUGUGAUUGCAUAAUUGUUGUUGUUGUUGUUGUUGUUUUUUAUGCCAUGUGGCAUUGAUACAAGUACCAUCUUUUACUAAAUGUCUUUAUUUAAUGUCUUUCAAGUAUAAGCGAUAUUCUUUAGUUCAGUUUAGCUCAGAAGUUUGGAUACUUGUAUUUAACAACUGAUAGCUAAUUCAGUUUGUGAAAUGUGUUUUUAAUGAUGAGGCAAACAUGGUAGACCAAAUAUUGUUGCUAUGAAGAAGCAAUAUAAAAGAAAAGAAUAUAAAAAUGAUGUUCUAGAAAUGAAAAAAACAACCUUGUUAGAACCAAAAAGUAAAUAAUCAUUAUCAGAUCAUCAUUGGUUGUGUAAUAAAUGUUUGGUGGUACAGUUGAAUAUGUUUCAAUGAAUCUUUGUAGAUUUUUUAUCUGAAUCUAGUCAUAUUUCAAAAAUAUCUAGUCAUUUAGGAAGCAUGGUUAAGACCUUUGUUUUGUUGUAUAUUUUAACUUGUAUGAUGUUAACAUUGUUUUGUUAAAUGAUACAUGUGGGUAAGCUGAAUGCUUUUUAAAAAAAAAUAUGUGUUUAAUAUUUUACAUCAUUGGAAGUGGUAAGGUUACAAUGUUAUGUAGUGAGAUAGUAGAAUACAUGCAUUAAAAGUAAACUGGUAUACUUCAGAAUGUCAUGGGUAUAUACAUGGAAAUAUGGUUUCAACUAUUAAAAUAUCAUGUUGUGACUUUUCUUUAGUAUAUUUAAGUACUUGUCUGCUAAAACUGUUAAUUGGACCAGUUUCAUACAUUUGUAAUUUUGGUAAUGUUUCCUUAAUUUUUGGUUGAUUAAGAUAUUAAAGUCUUAUAGAAUUAUGUACAUGUAUGUUUGCAAAUUAUAAUAUCCCACGACCUUCAUAUGUGAAAUGCAGGCAUGGAUCUGAACAAUUCUGAAGAAAGUUUUAAUUUACAGUCAAACAUUUUCCCUUGCAUAUUUAUGCAGGCAGGUGCCCUAUUAUCAACAAUUGUACAGUAAAUAUGACAUGGUCAAUAUAUUAUUCAGUUCAAUACUAUGUUCAUGUAACACAUUUGAAUGGAAGUUUCACCCGUAAACUCAAUUUUAUUCUUAACUAGACAAAUUAUGAGUCUGUUUCAAAUUGAUAACAACUUGAAAGGACUAUUUUCGAAAAAGCGAUCAUUUGAUACCAACAUUUAUAUUAAAGGCCAACUGGUUACUGGCCUGUUUUAUUAUUUUUGUAUUUUAGCUUAAGAAUUGAUUAAAUUCAGACUUUGUUUGACGGAAACUUGACUAUCACAUGUACCGGUAAUACCCACAGACUGUGUCAGAUACAUUGACAGUUCGUGCUCUCAGUGAUUGUUAUACAUACGGUAUUGAUUGUAUUUAGUUUUGGGCAGUGGUUUCAUGUGUAAACUGUGUUUCUUUGUAUUUCUAUGUUGUGUUUUCCUUUUAUUCUCAACCUGUUACGAAAUAUUUUAUGUUUUCUUUUAGAAAAUAUUUUGUGUUCUAUUGUGCAAUAGUUUUACCAGAUUUUUUUUAUAGUGCCAAUAUAAUAGUCUUUACAAGCAUUGCUAUGUAUGCUUCAGACAUAUGCAAUAACUGCAACUCUAGGGGUAUUUUAUAUUUCAGUUGUUUUGUUUACAUUUGCUCUUUUUUUAACUGCUAUAAGACAAUUAAUAACCCAUGUCAUUGUUUUUGCCAAAUCUACAAAUGUGUUCAUGGCCAGGCUUGUCUCAUUGUGUAAUUUAUUUACUGUCAAUUUUUGUUUUAUCACCUUAAAUACAGCACAUUUUUCUCAGUAUUAGAUAUGUAUGAAGUUUACAUGUAUGCCAAUAUUUUAUAUACUGCAAAUGAAUCUCAUCUGUUAUAUUUAUUGCUGUAAUUAAUGUGAGUAAAUCAUGGUGUUGUUGUUUUUGUAAACAUUUUUAACAUACAUAGUUUGGGGCCUUUUCAUCAAGAACCAUAGAAGCAGUUUUGGACCUGGGAGAGAUUUUCAGCAGUGAAGUUCUACUGUUUGAAGUGUGUCCUAGGUAAACAAUUGCUCCUAUCAUAAGUGAUGAAACGACUUCUAGAUUUUCAGCAAGGCAUACUACUGUUGAAGGGAGUUUUUUGCCAUUGUAAUCAGUACAGUGACCAAGGGAUAUUUGUCAUUUUAGCAGAGUAUGAAAUACAUGUAUACUUAUCUGGCAUUGUCUUCCAUAUUGUAAUACUAGAGGUGAAUUAAGUGUCCAGGAUAGUUGCUAUAUACAGCAUAAUAGAAUUAGAUAUGUUGAGCAGUUCCAUGCCAUUUAACCCUUUUGUGAAGUGGACGAGCUUAUACCUACAAUUAUUGUUAUUUUUUGUUUUAUUUUGAUUUUCUUGUUCGCCUUUUCCUUGCCAAAAUCUCCUGUAUGAUUAGAAUGCAGGUAGAAUGCAUGUGGAUUUUUUCUGUUUUUUUUCUUCUUCUUUUUUUCAAAAGGAAACCAUUAGUUUUUAUAAUAAAACUUGGUUAAAAAUGACUUGUUUGAUGUAAAGAACUUUUGCAAGCGUGUUUUUGAAAUUGUAUUAGUUUAUAAGGUAAAUAUUUAAACCUGCCAUUUCACUGGACACAUUUUGUUUUGUCAUAUUUGUGCCAAAUAAAAUUCAGACUUGU